AUGACGAGUACUUCGCAGACGAUAGUGACCAUGUGGUGUACGCUGCAUACGACUGCUUGGACGUUGACGUUCACCGCACAAGUACGCAGGAUAGCGCAGGUAUGCCGUACAAUACGUGCAGAGGCGUGCGGGAGAUAUCGCUGCCACGUUGUGUGGCCGUGUUGGUGUUCGUUGGAAGCCGCCUCCAAGUCGAGGCGGCAGCAUGAGUACAACGGGCAACAGCGCAGUUACCACCGCCUCAACAAGUAUGACUUGGAUUCAGAAGGACCGCAUAGCAGCCAACAGCAGUCAUUCUGGAUCAAAGACUCGGGUGCACACCGUCCGGGUCCGGACCUUACCGGAUUACUGACCCGGUACGACUUCGAUGCAGAAGGACCGCAUAGUAGACAGCCGCAGGUGUGCGUGCCCGCGUGA